AUGAGUCUGCCGGCAGAGAGCAACAGUCUCGAUGUCCUACCCCCGGUCUUACGUCACGGGCUCAGGGCGGUGGUUGUGCUUGCCUCGCUCUCUUUGAUUUCCUCGUCUUGGUUGUUUUCGCAUCUUUCUUUCAAAUUACUUCAGUACUGCACGAAGAAAAGGAGGGCUAGGGCUAGGGCGCUCAAAGAAAACCAGACCAGCAAUGCUCGACCUAUCUCGAUGGACCUGGAGUUGGUAUUGGAGCAAGGAACCUUGGCAUCAGCCUCUAAACGCCGGAACGUGCGUUCACCCACUGCAGCUAGCGAGACGCAGCAGUAUCCCCCGCCAAAUCAAUUUGUGGUCCUCUUCCACAGUCUUCUCUUGGCAGACCUACACCAGGCUAUCGCCUUCUUCCUGAAUGCAGUAUGGGUAGCACGAGAUGAGAUCGUGGUGGGGUCGCCAACCUGCUGGACUCAGGGACUGUUUAUUUCCAAUGGGGACCUCGCAUCCAGCUGCUUCAUUUUCACAAUCGCCUUGCACACGUACAUGUCGGUUGUUCGAGAAUACAAGCCCCCCCAGUGGGCUUUAUACGCCUGGAUCGUGGGGACCUGGGUUUUCGUCUACUGCAUAGGGUUUGCAGGUAUCGUCUUUACUAAUAAUGGGAAAGAGGUUGGAGGUUAUUUCGUGCGCGCUUCAGCCUGGUGCUGGAUCAAUGAAGAAUAUGAGAGGCUCCGCCUUGUCACCCAUUAUCUCUACAUAUUCCUCUCCAUCGUAUUUACAUCGUUGCUCUACGUCUUGAUUUUCUUCAAGCUUCGAGCUCGGCUUGCCCACAAGCGAGAUGGUGCAACGCCGGACAGAGGACAGGAUUCGAGGCCACCACUGAGGCAUAAAACAUCGAUGCUCAGCGUAAUGUCGUCGUCGUCGUCCUUCUCUUCCUCCCAAACAUCAUCCGCGGACUCGCCCCCGCGUAUCAACGCUGAUCACCACCCGGCUUUUCUCAUAUACCCUCUCAUCUAUGUGCUGUGCACGAUGCCGUUGGCCAUCGGCCGCAUUGCAGCCAUGACAGGGAUCGACGUGCCCCUUGCGUUCUUUUGCGUCGCCGGCGCACUCAUUGUGAGCAACGGCUGGUUGGAUGUUCUUCUAUGGGGGACAACGCGGCACACGAUUGUCUUCGGCCGCCUCGAGGACGCAGACGCGCUGGGUCUAGACACGUUCGACUUCAUGCGGACACCCUCAGACCGCAGAUUUGGAAACUUCGUGUGGGUCCAAGGCGCCAGCGAUAUGCAGACCGGUCGCCCCGACGGCUCCGCACGGAGAAGCCGUCCAUGGUGGACACGAGUUGGUAAACCUCUCGGGAUGGGUGGAUCCGGGGUUGGGAACGGAUCACGGAGCGAUCCUCGUGGAGUUUGGGAAGAUCGAGACUCGGAGACCCUUGCUCGGCCAGAUGACGAGAAGACUUACCGCCUGUAUCGAACGAACGAGACUGACAACCUCAAGUCGAGCAACGAUCAGUCGUCAGUCUGGACCAAGCCCUGGAACGGACGACCAGACAUGGGCAUGAAUAUCCAGAUGGAUAGGGUGGUGACGAUUGUCAAAGAGGACAGCUUUACUUCCGUUACGAGCACCCCUGCCAAGCCGGGGUCGUCAUACUCGAAAGAAGGAAGUUGGAACCGGUCGCCACGUGAACAACCACCGGAUUCAGCCAAGGCCGAGACAAAUGACGGCGAGCGACAUCGGGGUAUCACCAAUAUCUUGUCAUCUGUCGGUGAGAAGAACCCGUGGCCUGUGCAGCGUGAAAAGCCGCCGCCACAGAGUGUUGGUUGGCUGUCAGACGCAGCAUUCAGCCCAGCGCGGUGA